AAUAUACUGUACAUAUAUUGUGGACGAGCAGCUUGGGACUCGGAGAAGGUUCAAGGGAUAGCACUGGAUUCAAGAAUCUCUGCAAAAGCGCAAGCUCCUUGAACGGCGACAGAAAUCCUCACCAAUGAUCAUAAUUUCUUCCUGAGAAAGCUUCUGAAACGAGCACUGUUGCGUCCUGCAUUACAAAAUCUUGGUUUGUUUGCAGGCAGCUGACUCUGACCCUUUGAAGGUGGUUUAUGUACGAUUGUGCAUUUGAAUGAUUAUCAGCGUUGCUGAUGUUUCAAAAAGUAGCUCUCUUGAAGUGGGCUCGCCAAACCCAGACAGCCCUGCGGGGUUCGCAGCAGCAGAUUCAGGGCCUCGUACAUACCACCACUUACAUCAAAACCCCAAGGGAGACUUCCUUAUUCAAGAUUCAAGGCAUUCCAGCUACCGUUGAUCAACAACACUCCAAGCUUACAACCAGGAAAGGAGACUCAUUUGAGGCGCCGGUCGCUAUCGGCAACCCUCCCCGCUUUGAACAUGAAAAGCCAGGGGAACUUCUUCAACCUUCUGACCCCUCCCAAUUGGUGCACAGGCCGGGUUUGGUAGCUCUUAUGUCAAAGGACGUAACUGCAAAGUUAGGGAAGCCUUUCCUUGGCUGCAAAGCUAACAGACUCCACUCAAACGCCCAGAUCUGUGCAUUGCAGAACAACUUCCCUCACAACAGCGACUAUGUCAUUCAGACUGCUGUUUUGCCCAAGUACCAUAGCGUAGCAUUUUUUCAUCGGUGGCUCCACACAGUGUCAAACGCAUCAGUGGAAGGCCAAACGGACCCCUGGCCCGUUGAGAUCAAGGUACAGAAGAAAGGCAAGGUUCUGGAAGUUGCCUUUGCAGACGAGCAGCGCUUCACAUUUCCAGCAGAGCUUCUUCGAGUUGAAAGCCCUUCCGCCGACAAUCGUCGCAAGGACCAAACUGGCGCAACGAGGUUGGUAUCUGGAAGGAAGCAUGUAAGCAUUCUUGGAGUGGAGCCUGUGGGAAACUACGCUCUUCGUGUAAAGUUUGAUGACCUACACGAGAAUGGAAUAUAUACGUGGAGAUAUCUCUACGACCUGGGAAAGAAUAAGUACUCGCGUAGUAAGGCAUACAUCAAGCACUUGCGAGAGAGAGGGCUGUCUCGAGAACCUAAGCGGCGGUAGAGAUGCCCGAAUAUUGUGCCCCGCCUGGAAAUGCUUCCUGGCCGGCAUCAUUCUGCACCUCGAUUUGCGGGGCUUCUUUUCCCUUAAUUGGGGGCCCAUCGCCUCAUUAUGGGAAGCAAACUAACGCUCACUAACAACUGUUGCAUCAAUC